UUGCCCUCGUGCUACACGUGAGCCACUCGAAGUCAGGGUUUCACCAUUCGACAGCUUCGAGGCGGUACCAAGACACCCUGGAAGUCCUCUAAAAUGUUCAUCAAAAAACUAUUGCCUGUCCUGGGCAUGAAGAGUGGUGGUGGGCAGGCAAAGGAUGACAAGAGAGAACGGAAGAGGAAAGGCUACAACAAGAACAAAAGAGAGUCGGUCUCUUCGAAGAGAGAGUCAGAAAUCCUCUUCGCUGGUGUUGGAGAAGAAGACGAGACGAGCACACCAACAACAUCCCAAACUCCUGGGAGCAGCACUGCACUUUCGUCCCAAGAUCAAUCGUUUGUAACUUCAACUUCUGAACUUUCUAAGGGUCCCCGCGGUGAACGAAUGGAAUCUUCCGGUUUCUUAGCAUCGGAAGUUGGUCUUCUGGAGCACCCUGAAUCAUUUUACGAAAUGGUUGGUGAAGAGAUAGGUAAUGCGUGUACAGCUCUCGUGGACCAUCAGGCAUCUUUGGUGAGCUUGUCAUCUGAAAUCUUCAAUGAAAUUCCCCUGGGCUAUCGGCGUCGCCGAUACGCCAAUCCAUAUCGUGGCAAGUGCAGUGGUAGGUGCUGUGAUCAUCCAACCCUCGAACCAAAGUCCAAUGUCUACCGCCCACCAGCGUCUACGAUGGACGCGACUACGCUUGUGGAGCUUGAAGAAUUCGAGAAACAGGAAGGAACGUCGGAAGCAGUUGCGGAAGGAAAAGUUUCGUUGCCAAGUGAACCUGCAUUGACAGAAAAGAUGGCAGCCGCUGCAAGAGAAGCGAAGAAAGCGAUCGAAAAAGCCAAGGCGUUCCAACAGGCUGCAAGGACAUUGGGCUCGCUGGAAGAAAGCGAGGAAAUGGACUCUCAGACGCAGAAGGAGCACUGCUACAAGUUGAUGCGAAAAGCUGCAGCAAUGGCAAAGAAAGCGCGUGACGCUUUGAACAGAUAUAGUGCCUUGAAAGCAACCCUCGCAGAAAUUGAGAAACAACAACAACAACAAGACAAGACAGCGGAGGACGAUGAAGUCGUUCUCGAUUCUCCAAAGCUAAAUGGAACAUACGCACAAGUAACAGAUUCUACGACGCCAGUCGAUGAAGAACGCGAAAGGGUCGACGAAGAGGUGCUACGAAGAGGCAGCAGAGGGCCGCGUUGGAAACCACAGUGGUACGGCCGUCAUGCCUCUUGGCCUUAUGAAUCUCGGCCUUGCCCCCUGCCUUUACUCGUUCGUUCUCCGGUCGCCCCUGGAGAGCGUCCUUACUUUCGUGGUUGGUCACCGUACGGUGGUAUGUUUUAUGCCGAUCCAUAUUCAAGUCGCUAUCCAGAUUACGGUGCUAGAUAUUCGCCACCUUCCCUUGAAAGAGCAGCACGAAGUGAAAGAUCCUCCAGUUCGAAUGUGUCAAGAAAAAUAAGCGGCGAUCACAUUACAUUUCCCGACGUCAACAGAUCUACGACGAAGACUAAGUCCUCAGUAACGGAGGCAGAGUCACCGCUGGCUAACGUCAGACGGGUGAGCAGAAGCAAAAAGCGGAGACCUCGAAAGCGCAGACCAAAUCUGUCUGGACGUUUCGAUGAGCCGUCGAAGGAAGAGGUGAAAUCAGAAAAGCAGAUGGACGGCUCUCAAGAAAGUGACUCAAGUUUGUCGGGUGAGCGAAGCAAAGCCGCACCAGAUCAGAAAUCGCGGAGUGGAAUAAGGUACAGUGGACCAGUAAGCAAUUUAUUGCCCCUGCAGGCUAUCUCUGAAGACAAUGCGUCUGAGGGCACUGGAGUACAUACGCCUACAGGUCGGUCGAUAGAUCGCGAUUUAAACCUGAAAAUCGACAGCAAGAAUAAAGCGAGCUCCAGUAGAAAACCGAGCGUGUCGUCUGGUCGAGAACGACGUGACGUUCCCGUGGCAAACGAUAUCGAGAGGAUGCCUAAGCAAGGUGGAAGGAAAGCUGUAUUAGUGAAGAAGCCCUCUGUGGAAGAAGAUAUGCUGGUCACGACGCAAGGGUUUACGAUGCCUUUUACGGUGGCGAGUCGUAACCCACGUCCUUCUGUACCAGGCCAACCAUCUAGGCUCAUGAUGAUCUCCAAGGCAGUGUCUGCUCAGCUUGAUAGCUCUUCGAGCGAACAUUUCGGUAAGUGCUGGUUAAAUCCAUUUUGCGUAUUGUGUGCAACCAAGGAAAGAAGGCACCGAGAUAGAGGCGAGGAUACGUCUGAGGACAGAAUCGUUGCACCUCAAAGGACUGUUCCCGAAGAGAAACAAGAACACGUCAUGAGUUCAAGGACGCCAAGCACAGCCUCAGAAGGUUCUCUGACGCCAUCACAGAAGCUCGUGCAACUACACCCAGUCGAAGAAAUGCUCUCCGUAGAGGCAUCACUGGUUGGCAUGAUCGUUCAAUGCUCAAAGGAUCCGCCAUCAGAAGUAAUCGCUCCUCAAACCUUAGCGGUUGUGACACCUGAUGCGUUCGUUCAGGAUACACAGAUCGUCAAUCCUCAACCCCUUUCGUCAGGUACAUGUGAAGAACUUGUGCAUAUAAAGCCACUCGAAGGAGUUCAUUCUGUUGAAGCCUCAGUGCUGGACAUUAUCAACAGAUGCUCAGAUGUUGUGCCAGAGGCAGCAGUCGUUCAGGACAUUCUAGUACCCCUGCCAUCGGAAGCCUUCGGUCAUGGUGCAACCAUCGAACAACCAUCACCAGAUGUCCAAACGACCAGUGCACUUAAUCGUGGCGUUGUGAAACAGAGCGACACGUGCACUCAGGUUCUUUCAUUGCAUCCUCCAGCAGGUAUACUGUCACCAAGCGAUAUGUGUCGUCAAGCGCCGCCACUUGUGUCAGAAGAGGACGGGCAAGCCUUACCAAAUAGAGAACCUCCACUGCCUGAUAUUGAGAAAAUGCUCGAUAUACAAGUCAUCAAUUGUGCCAAACCUGAGUCUUCCAAAUUUUCUUCACUGUUGCUUACAUCUGAUGGUUCACGGGCUCUUCUAAAAUUGCGACAGUUCGCACCUUACCCAUGGCAGCUGUCAAAAGGUAUACCAAAACCAGGAGCAGACGAAACGCAUGAACCAACGGCGCGCUCACCUGCACUUGCACUUGUAAGACCGAGAACGAGAACACAAACUUUUGUGUCACAAGUGCUACGACGAUCUGCAGCAGGAAGAGUAGGAACGAUCUCCAUGCUCCAGAGCACUCCUGUUACACCAGAGGAAGUGACCGCCCUCGUGAAGCUAUUGGAAGGAACGCCGGAUCUACCCGAGCAGCCCCAUCAUGAAAUAUUGCCUACAGAAGCUGUUGAUGAAUCACUCGAGAAGCUGAAGGUUCCAAGUGCAGAAGCACAAAUGAGAAUCUCUACGGUUAGCGAAGAUGGAUCGACAAAGCAGGGAAUGUCUGUUGCCGAGACACAGGUUGAAGACUCUUUGAAGCCAACACAAGAGGACGUACCCCGUGUAGAGGCCGCAAUGCAAGCACCUUUUCCUCUCUCUCCUCCCGAACAUUCCUCCCCAGAAUCGGCUCACCUAGAACCGACUAGAAGACAACGGACACCAGAGUUAACCUCCGUAGAACACCAUUCGAGCCUUUCAGAUGGGAAGUCUGCAUCUGCUCAACAAACUAGCACCACAGAAGUGCCUCACCAAGGCGAAGAACAGGACAGAAUCCACGAGCCUUUAGAACCCAUUGAUACAGCAGUUGCAGUGAAAGACACUGUUUCGUCGAAUGAACAGCCGAGUAACGUCGGCGAAGGCCCACCUCCGCAGUCCGCACAGUCUGCCCCGAAACGACAGUUUGGUCGACAUGCCGGGAAAGCUUCCAUCAACAAACGUGUUACCCAGGAAAAGCAAAAGCGUGUUCAGUGCACCCGGUGUGUACGGGGAGGCGGCGAGGAGACAAGGGACCUUGGGGGCUCAGACGUUUACUUCCCAGAAACUCGACUAGUCAUCGGUGUGGGAUUCUUGUGUGUUAUCUGGGUAUGCUACGUUUUCUACACUUCUUAUUCAGUACCAGGUAUCUUUGCGCCUCACAAAAAAGUGUCCAUAAGCGGGCCUCCCCAAGAAACGCAUGGGCCAUUGUCCACCGUGACACCGGACGUCGUCGUUCAGGGAGAGCCGAAACAAUUUCUUAACGUCCUUCCACCACGAUCUUUGUAUGUCUGCAAGACAUCAUACUGCGAACAAGAAACUUCUUAUCUGUCCGGUCUCUUCAGCGGCAGCGCCUGCACCAAUUUUUACGACUUCGUAUGUAACAUUCGAACUAACCCGUGGUUACCUAGGCCAGGAAGCGCUGUGUCAACCGAUACUAUACUAGUUGACGAGAUAGAAAAGUCCGCUCGAGAAUACAUCCAGAGUAGUCAAGGUACAGAUAUGAAAGCUGCAAGGAUUCUUCUCGAUGCUUGCAUAAGCCAACGAUCAGGUACAGAUGAUUUACGUCGUCAAGAGAUGCACGAUAUCUUUCUGGAGUAUUUCGACACAACGUGGCCCGUAAAUAGAGCUCAUUUCGUGAAUGCCCGCAAGAUGUGGAUCACAGCUGGCCACCUUGUUCGUGAUUUCAAAUUGGAAGCCUUGGUCAGCGUGUCUGUGGACAUACACCCAGAGGAUCGCGGCAGCUACAUCAUCGGAAUCGAUGAGCCAUCUCUGCUUUAUCGCGAAGGCGAUCCGCCGAACGGUCCGUUUAGUCAGCUUAUCACUGCAGCAGUUGAACAGUCACUAGAAUUCGUAAGAAGCGGGAACGUUGAGCCGAAAGAAGUCGUCAGCAUCAUGCAGACCAUGAUUGCACUGGCGAAGUUAGUCUCGGAUUCGAAGGCACGUUAUCUCGGAGUCGAAAACUACCGUCUUGCCAAGCUUAUGGAACUGGUUCCAGGUCUUAAGCCCUUCCUGCAGACCAUAUUUUCGAGCAACAUCCACAUAAUAGAUACAACGAUCGUCUUGGUGAAGUCCCCAAAUUACUUUGACAACCUUAAGCACGCUGAGGGUGAAGAACUAAAACCUUGGAACAUCCUCAACUACCUUGGCUUCAGAGUAGUCGUUUAUUUCGGCGCCUUUCUCUCACGGCGUAUCCUACGUGAGCUGAGAGCCAUUGAGUUGGGCCUUUCCAUUCAAGGCAGUCCAGAGGUGGAGAAACUCUGUUCCAGGCAGGUUGAAACGGUGCUUUCGGCGCACUACAUGAGGGCCUAUGCCCUACAUUCGAAGACCUUUCACGUGAUGAACGAUUCCAUGAUUUCUGAACUGAAGCGGAUGUUUAUUGAAAGCCUCCAGUGGAUACCGUGGAUGGAGUCAACUCGAGACAUCAAUGGGAGCAACGUCAAAAUUGCAAAAUACAAGAUUCGCAACAACAAUGUAGUUAAUACCUUACCUUCGUGGAUUCUACGCAAUACCUCAUUCGAAAUUUUCAAUCGCCUUCUUGAGAAACAGCUAGGGGAUAAGCUUGACCCUGGCAAAGUGCUCAAGCACUUUAAGCAAUUCUCUAAAGUUCUUCAGGAAGGUGCUCUAGAACUUCCACAACAGACAGCAACCACGCGGGUUCCAGGGUCCCUCUUACGCACAAACGUUCUUUACGACGUUCAGACGAAAGCUGUCUACAUUCCCAUAGCUGUCAUAAACACUUCAAUUCCGAUAAGCAGUGCGGUGUUCGUGAUCCAUAUUGCUCGGUACGGCGUGCGCAUGUUUAAAGGCUUAGUGCCCGCCCUCUACCAGGAGUAUGUCUACGAGCGUAGGCACAACAACGGGGACCCUGUUUUGUAUGGCGACGGAUACGAGGAUCGUCUGCGAAAAAUUAUACGAUGUCUGCUACAACGGUAUCAAGACUUUGCUGAAAACCUCAAGAGCACGUUUAUAAGCAAGCUGCAGAACGUAACGCACGUCAGUCUGGCGAUCUUCGAGCAGACAUUAGCGCUGAUGCAGAGCUAUUGGGCGUUCCAGGAACUGCUGAAGAUAAAGCGUGUCUGGCGUACAGACUUUCGCUUGUUGCCCCAGCUCAGUUCGGACCAGCUGUUCUUCGUGAUGUUCGCUUUGGACAACUGCGAGAAGAGCGACGAGGCGUACAGACGACGCAGGUUCGAAACCCUCUCCGUUUUGCCGCCUGAAGACCGGGUCAACUUCCCUCUGUCGCAGUUCGCCGAGUUUGCACGGGCCUUCGCUUGCAACCGGUCCUCUCCCAUGAACAGCCAGCGUCGCUGUAGACUCUUCGCGUGACUAUUGCAACGCUAUAUGUCUAUGUCAAAUACCAUUAUUUAAUAGUUAUGUGUAGAUAAAUAGUACAAAAUGGG